AUGAAGCCCAUGAAAUUAAAAAUAUUCUACGAAGAAUACAUAAUCUCUUUGCCAUAUACCUUGAUAUUUGAAAUAACCCAAAGAGAUGGUGCUAAUUAUCACUCAUCAGAACAAUUGGAUUUCCCUUUUCAGCUUUGUUAUCAAGAAAAUGAGAUCACUAUAGAAUAUACAUUGACAGCACGUGUAUACAGCACAUCAUCAAGUGGACAGCAUUUCUACAGUGAAGUAAUUCGAAGCUUUAACAAUCAAAGUGGUGUCUACAAGUAUGAUGACUUAAAUGAGGGGACGGCUGUAUUAAUAUCCAAUGAUCCAACCACUCUAUCAGGAUACAAGCCACAGACUGUAUUAGUUGCUUAUAAAUUAAAUGAUUUUAAUAGUCAUUCCAUCUAUUCUGAUAGCCGAGCAAGAACUUUUAUGGAAAAAUUAAAUAAUCAUAAUAUAAACAUUCUUGAUGAAAAGAUUCAUUCAGGGAUAGACUGUAAGUAG